AGUGCCUUGUCAGAUGAUUUACUGGUUAAGAUACUAACGUGUCUUCCGACAAGAGUAGCUGCGUCCACGAGUGUCUUUGGAUUUGGUUGCCAAAACUCUGGUACUAUAGUAGUGUUUUAAAUCAUCGAAGCAAAAACAUAGGGCGUUUUCUUGAUCGUAAUAUGCCACUACAUAGAGCUCGGUUAUGGAAAGCUUCCAUCUCGUACUAUUUGGUUCAUCGCUUAGUACUAAAGAUAUCGAAACGUGGCUUGCAACUGCACUUUCACGCAACCUUUGCGAGCUCUUUCUUAUUAAUGAGUAUUCCAACGAGAAGCCAAAUAUAUUGCCUAGUAGAUUGUAUACCUGCAAAUCGCUCGUGGUCUUGAGACUCCGUGGCGAGAUUCGUCUGGAUGUUCCUCGUCUGAGCCGUCUUCCCUCUCUCAAAACUUUGGAACUUAUACUUGAUAAAUACGAUAAGGGACUGAUCACGUCUUUGCAUAGUGAAACUGAAGGUGUGUUACCACGUGGGUUAGUGAUAGAUUCUCCUUCUUUGAAGUAUUUGAAACUCCGGGAUCGUCAUCAAUGGAGUCGUCCCGGAUUUUCGAUUGAGACUAUGCCUGAUUUAGAGGAGGCAUAUGUAAAUGUUCAAUAUUGUAAGACGUCGUCGAGUCUUGUGGUCUUAUGGCCCCAACCACAUCUAUAGAGCGCCUUAUCAGAUCAAUCACAUCUGUCAAGCGCCUUACAAUAUGUUCAGAGGUAAGUUCUUUUCUUUUUUGGUUUGAUUAAACCAAAUUUUGAAUUGUUUCGAAGAAUAAAUUUAUCCGACCAUGUCUGGUUUACAUGGAAAAAAAUACUAUGCCCUCCUUUCCUAAUUAAUUGCAAAUUUUCAGUCUCUUUUAUAGAAUCAUGUGUUUAUACUUAUUCAUCUUUGUAGAUGCGUUACACUGGUGGUUUUGUCUUCAACCAGCUUGAGCAUUUGAAGCUAUGUGUAUGCGGAGGGGACUCAUCGAAUCUCCUUGCUAGGUUGCUCGAAGAUUCUCCUAACGUACGAGUGCUAGACAUCUUUGAAAUUGAUCAUGAUGAUAGGGACUAUGAGGAACUAAUAAGUACUGUUCGCACCGUUCGUGAAAGUGUUCUGUCUAAUUUACAAACUUUUAACUGGUCAAGAUACUUUGAAAGAAGACCACAGGAGAUGGAUCUUGCGGUUUACAUCCUAGGAGAAAAAUGGUCUCUUAAAGAUUGCAACAAUCUCGUCUGAUGCACUGCCUUCUGGGAGAUGAUCAUGGAGUUUGUUGACUUGCUUCCCAGGCAUCAACCAUAUGCCAUUAUGCCAAGUCGUAUUUAGUCUUUAGAUUUUUUAAUUUAUGUAAUAGAAUUUGGAACUUUUAUAUGUAUACUUCUAUUCGUCUAGGAAAAUGCAGAUUCUUGCAAGUUUUAUUCUAUAAGCCUUCAACUUCUUAAUAGUAGUUGUGGUUCACGUUUCUGAGUCUCCACAUCCACGAGUGA